AUUGACAUUAUGCAAAAUAUUUUUACGCAAUAAAAAUGUAAUGUUAAAGUAUAUGUGUAUGUUUGUGUGUGUAUGUGUAUGUUAAUCUAUAUUAAACAUAUCUAGGUUUAUCGUUAAUUUGAAUUUCGCGCCUUUUUUACUGACGGAAAUCGCAUCUUUUUUUGUAUAGAGUGUGGAUUUAAGAGGAGAGAAAUCUCUUAUGAUAGAACUGUUGCAAAAGUAUCCAGCUGUCAGCUAUAAAUAAUAGUUCCAAAUCUCUCCAGAGUAGCGCUAGAGUAGGAGUAGCUAAGAACCUAGGCGUUAUUGACGGAGUGAAGUGCGCUGUCUAUGAUUUAAUUUUUUUGUUCAAGUACUCUAGGUAUUGUAGCGUCACCUAUUUUCGGUUUUUUGAUGACACUUUUUGGUAUAUGGAGAUUCCUUUCCUUAUCUCUACCUUCCAUAUUUUUUUGCUAAAAAUAAAUUUAAUAAAAAUUAUCAUGGUCAUUUAAUUCCUUGGCAACACACAACAGCUGCUUUUUGACGUUUAUCCUGUCAAAUCAAACGUCAAUGUCAAAUUGUCUGAAAUUUUUUCGCAUCGACCAAAGAUUUCGACGCAUUUUCAUCGUCAUUCGUAUUUUAAUUAAGAAUACAAUUCCUUUUUAAUGUGAAUGCUUGCUGAAGACUUUUAUAGCAAGAAUAAUUUUAAUAAUCAUGGAUCGAGUUAUAAUCGAGAAAGACAAGGUUAUUGCUCCCGAUGUGGCGUUAAAUGCUGUGCUGCAACCCAGCCAAGAACUGCCCGCUGAGACUCCUAUAGUGACCGGGUAUGAUUGGGAACUUGGUACAGACUACAAUAAACUACUCGAGAGUUAUGUAAACUCUGGUUUCCAAGCCACAAGCUUCGGAAAAGCUGUUGCAGAAAUCAAUAAAAUGCUCAAAUGUCGCUCAGUUGCCUUGACAGAAGAAACAAGCGAUCCGUACGAAGAGGAUGUAUUUAUCAAGAAAAAAACUAACUGCACUAUAUUCUUGGGCUACACUUCUAAUAUGAUAUCCUCCGGCUUGAGAGACACAAUCAAAUUUCUCGUGAAAAAUAAACUUGUUGACUGCAUUGUGACAACCGCUGGUGGUGUAGAGGAAGAUUUCAUCAAAUGCCUCGCUCCUACUUAUGUUGGUGACUUUAAUUUGAGCGGGAAAUCCUUAAGAAUCCGCGGUAUUAACCGAAUCGGGAAUCUCCUAGUACCUAAUGAAAAUUAUUGCCGUUUUGAAGAGUGGGUCACUCCAUUGUUGGAUGAAAUGCUUGAUGAACAGAUUAGAGAUGGUACAGUGUGGUCACCAUCUAGAAUCAUCGCAAGACUCGGUGAGAGGAUUAAUGAUGAAAGCUCGGUUUGUUACUGGGCAUGGCGAAAUAAUAUUCCAAUAUACAGUCCAGCUCUAACAGAUGGUUCUUUGGGUGAUAUGAUGUAUUUUCACUCUUACAAGCGGCCUGGUCUUGUAAUUGAUAUUUUAGGGGACCUGAGAAGACUAAACACUAUGGCAGUUAAGGCUAAUAAUACUGGCAUGGUUAUUCUUGGUGGUGGAGUUGUCAAACAUCAUAUUUGUAAUGCGAAUUUAAUGAGAAAUGGAGCUGACUUUGCUGUAUAUGUUAAUACAGCUAGCGAAUUCGAUGGAAGUGACGCUGGGGCCAGGCCAGAUGAAGCGGUAUCGUGGGGAAAAAUUAAGCCUAAUGCUACACCAGUGAAGUUGUAUGCUGAUGCUACUUUGGUAUUUCCAUUGAUGGUUGCUCAGACAUUUGCUAAGUAUCAUUUCAAAAAUAAAAAGAAUGUGUAAAUAUGA